AUGACCCAGGGGAAGCUCUCCGUGAACAGCAAACCCCCCAGCUCCGAGGGGCAGGGGGAGAAGAAGGACAACGCCGCGGCUCCGCCAGCUCCCCCCAGCUAUGAGGAGGCGACUGCGGGAGAAGGGAUGAAGGCUGGUGCUUACCCCCCACCCCCGUCCGUCCCGCUCCACCCCAGCUGGGCUUAUGUCGACCCCAGCACGAGCCCCAGCUACGGCAGCGGCGGGUACCCAGGGGACACGGAGAUGCUCACGACCUUCAGCUGGGACGACCGGAACGUGCGCAGGGUGUUCAUCAGGAAGGUUUACGCCAUCCUGAUGGUCCAGCUCCUGGUCACUGUGGUCAUCGUGGCUUUCUUCACGUUCUGCGAGCCAGUCAAGGGCUACAUCCAGACCCACGCUGCCUGGUACUGGGCUUCCUAG